GGUCAUUCUCUAAUUGCUCACUUCCUCUGUUAUGUGGUCAUUGGUUUAUGGCACAACACCAUGUAUGAUAUGUGGUUCAGGAGAAAUUGAAGGAGCCUUAUUGAAAUACUUGGGGGUUGAGCGCAAUGAGGUAACAAAGGACGGUUUAUUCUCUGUUGGAGAAAUGGAAUGUAUGGGAUGUUGUGUAAAUGCUCCUAUGAUUGCAGUUGCUGAUUACACCAAUGGAUCUGAAGGAUAUACGUAUAAUUACUAUGAAGAUGUUACUAUUUAACGAGUUAUUGAGAUAGUUAAGAUAGUUGCAGUGGGAUUUUGCCAAGAGAACUGAUGUCUUAAAGUGUUACUGC